AUGUAUUCUUUUAUUGUUUUUUGUUUCUGGUAUUUCUGGGUACUUCGUGUUAUUGGUAUAGAUUAUAGGGAUUCUGUUAAUGGCGACUUCCCCUUGCGACAUUUCCCUGGAAAACAGCUUCAAGAGACACAAUGUUAUGUCACUCGGCUGCCACUGCUUUUGCUGAUUCAACUGUUCCAACCCAACUGUUUAUGUCACAAGCUCUUCACUGAAGCUUUACUUAUUUGCAAGAACACAGUCUGCACUCCUCAACAAACCAACAGUAGAUUUGGGAAGUUCCCCUGCUUGAGGCAAUGGGCAUAUGUCAAUUGUUAUCGACCAGAAGAUGCAGAUGUUGUUUCCUUGAUUCCUGGAAUCUCUCGGAUAUCUCUUCCAAGUAGAUUAACUCAAUUGUUGUUUUUUGCUCCAAAGUUCAUCCCCUCUUACUCUCAAGAGAAGCCCUUUAAAUCAAGACAUGGAAGGGUAGCGGCAGCUUCUGUUGAUGGGGAAAAUGCUGUUCCAACACUCACGCCUUUGCAAACAGCUGAUAAGAAACCGAGAAAACAGACAUUUGCUGCCAUAAUUGGCUGUAUUAGUGCGGCUCUUCUUGUCUUGAUCAUUUUGGUGCUUGUGUAUAUCUGCUUGAUGCGCGUUAAGAGAUUCAUGAGGAGAACAUCCGGGACUGAAUCUUCCAUGCCAUCUACUGUUGAAUUGGAAAGAGCUAACACAUCCCAUUAUGCUGCUGGUGCGCAGUCUCCGAUCUAUACACAAAAUCUAAAGCAAAUAACAAUGUCAGAGCUGGAACAUGCUACACACAACUUCAGUCAAAGUAAUAUCAUUGGUGAGGGCCGAUUUGGUUUAGUCCAUAAAGGACUACUUCAAGAUGGAACUCUUGUGGCAAUCAAAAGAUACUUGAACACCCAGGUUCAUUUUUUCCUUCAUGAGAUAAAGCAAAUAGCUCAAGUUAGACACAGGAAUCUAGUCAAGCUUGUUGGUUACUGUGAAGAUAACCACCAGCAGUUUCUUGUAUAUGAUUAUAUACCUAAUGGAAAUGUUGGAAAUCACCUUUAUGAUUACGAAGGUUCACCUACUGGUAAACUAAACAUGCGGCAAAGGUUGUUGAUUGCACUAGGGGCAGCCAAAGGACUUGAACAUCUUCACAGUAUGGCUCCUCCUCUGCUGCACAUGCAUUUCAGAAGCAGCAAUGUUCUUCUCGAUGAAAACUUCACAGCCAAGGUUUCUGAUUAUGGAUUAUCCAAAUUGUUGUCUGAAGAUCAGUUUUACGCGUCAUCUUCAGCCAUUGAUUGUUUUCUUGACCCAGAAUUGUAUUCAUCGAAGAGAUUUUCAGUGCAAAGCGAUAUAUAUGGCUAUGGAGUCUUCCUCCUGGAGUUGAUUAGCGGACGUGAAGCAAUUUGUAGAGAUCCAUCAAACUUGGAAACAACGUUAAUAAUGCAGGCCAAGGAUUCGAAAGAUAUCAGCAGUUUUGUCGAUAAAACCUUGGGAGGUAAAUCAAUGCGUGGGGCAAAAAAAGUAGUAGAUUUGGCAUUGCAGUGUGUGGACAUAAGACCAAGAAGACCAUUGAUGAGAAGCAUCGUUGAAGAGCUUGAACGAAUCCAAGAGACAGAGAUUGGUGGUUUGCCGUUUGAAGCAGGCGAGGAGAUUAGAGAUGUAGCAUUGGGGAGCGAGCUCUUUAAGUGACGCUCGCCCGGUAUAAUAAUCAUUCUUUUAUUAAAUUUAUUGACAGUAAUUACCAAUCUCAUUACAAGCAAAUUGAUUUUGUAAAAGAAUUGUGGGAAAGAAAUUAAGCAUAUCAAAGUGGUAUACAUUUGAUUUUUUAUCUUA